AUGUGUCCAACGAUUCAGAAAGAUAUAGUGAACUGUUUUGUAGAAGAGCUAGUUAAAUCUGUUAUUGAAGAAAUGGGUCAUGAUGUUUUUGGCUUAUUGGUGGAUGAAUCAGCGGAUGUUUCAGAUAAAGAACAAAUGGCAGUGGUGUUUCGUUUUGUUGAUAAAAGAGGGAUGGUCAAAGAAAGAUUCAUGAGUAUUACGCAUGUGAGUGAUACAGCUUCAUCAUCUUUGAAAGCUGCGAUUGAUUCUUUGUUUGCAAAAUAUGGAUUGAGCAUAAAAAAGGUGAGAGGACAAGGUUAUGAUGGGGCUAGCAAUAUGAGAGGUGAGUUUAACGGGCUAAGGGCAUUAAUUUCUAAGGAAACCCCAUCAGCUUACUAUGUUCAUUGUUUUGCUCACCAACUCCAGUUAGUUGUUGUGGGAGUAGCAAAGAAACAUUUUGAUGUCGGAGAUUUUUUUGAUAUGAUUUCUUUGUUGGUAAAUGUGGUGUGAGCUUCAUGCCAAAGAAAAGAUAUGACAAGAGAGAGUUAUAGGAAAAAGAUUGAAGAAGGAAUCAAUAAUGGUGAAAUUAGUACUGGAACAGGGUUGAAUCAAGAGGUGUCUCUUAAUAGACCAGGGAAUACCCGCUGGAAUUUGCAUUAUAAUACUCUAUUGCGUUUGAUUGAGCUAUUCUCAUGUAUUGCCGAAGUGCUUGAAUACAUUGAG